AUGAAGAACGCCUCUCGGACUGCACCGGAGAGCAAGGCGAGUGUCACUGCUUUGUGGAGCGUGCUAGAGAUUUGGGCGUACGAGCAUUUUCGGACUUUGGUGUCGGCUCAUCCUAGGGGUGCGGCUUAUCCGUUUGCUGCCUCUUGGGAAGGAGCGGUGCGCAGCGAUGUGUCUUUGGCGACCUUCCGCAGAGCUUUGCGGGUCUUGCCUGUUGGACAGGUGAUUUGGCGUCCUUUUGAUGACGCGCCUACACCUGUUUCGACCAGGCAGGCCUAUUAUUGGUCUGGACGGCGGGUCCUUCUCCCGGGGGUGUAUCGCCAUGUGUGGUAUCUGGGAGAGCGGGUGUCUCUUCAGCAUAGUACGAGAGGCAGGCUCGUCCCUAAGAAUCCUCCGGAGACCAUGUUGGCGAAGAUUGAGGAUGUUGCCCGGCUCUAUUCAGAUGUCGUGGAGGCUGGAGACGAGUCCAUCUGUCUCCCUUGGGAGAAUUUUGUAGAUAAGAGGGGCAUUCAUGAUGCUCUCAUGGCGAGGCUUGCUCCACCUAUACGCUUUGUGCUGCCGGAGGAGGAGAUCGACCCAGAGGACAUUCCCUAUGCUGACAGGGUUAUCCGCUAUGUUGACUCGGACGGAGAGGAGGUGGAGGUUACUGUUCCGGUGGUUUCUCCUCCACAUCGGAUGGCGUAUGAUGUUGUACCAGAGUAUUAUGCAACUGCGACUUGAGUGAGGGUGCGUCGCUAGAUGCUUGUGAUUGACUCCCUGAAGAGGCAUUGCGUCAAUCUGGCCAUGAAGCUUACUAUCCGUGAUAGAGAGGAGCGCCGUCGAGGCCGUAGGGAUCCCGUGGACAGGGAUUCCUCGGUGGGUACUUCGAGAGAGCAGGCCGAGCAUAGCUUGGGUCUGGGCCCGGGUCCUAGUACUGGUGCCCGCCAGAGGCAUUCUGAUGUUGAUAGAGGAGUUGUUCCCCUUACUUAUGCUGAGCCUACUAGGCAUUCUGUCGGAGGUACGGGCAGCCCGAUGCCUUUUACGCCUCCCUCUGGUGCUUAUUUCGGAGAAAGUAGCUCCCAGCCUUAGAGUGCAGAGUCUUGGGCUUACUGGUAUGAGGCGGAGAGGAUGCGCCAGGCCCAUGAUCUUGAGAUGCAGCACCGGUUCAUGGCGAUUCCGCAGCCUUAUCAGUGUCCUCCCAAUCAGCAGGGAACUCAGCGGCCUUCCGGUACCCUUCGCAUUUCGGAGCAGGAGCCUGUUACCCCUGGGGUGAAGCUAGACCGGGAUUUAGAGAGGUUCAUGAGCCGGAGAAGGAACAAGGAGCCCAUGAUUGACAUUUCGGCUGAUGAUGACUCGGAUUGAUCCUGCAUGGUAGCGAGUUCCAGCUUGCCUCGAUUGGAUUUCUGUAUGAGGAUUUUUGUAGGGAUUUUCGUAGCUUGUAUUUGUAUUUGUAUGGUUUGUACUUGGAUUUUGGUUCCUGGCAUUGAGAAUGUUCCACUAUCAUGUUUUUUGUUUAACUAUAAAUCCCUACAGU